AUGUCUGCCAACGAUUACUACUCUGGCGGUGGCGGCGGCGGACACCACCAGCAACAGCAGUACGGUGGCCAGGGCUACGGACAACAGGGCUACGCCCCCUCCCACUCCCCCUACAACCAGGGCGGAUACAACCCACCCCCUCAGCAAAGCUACAGCUCUGGCCCCCAGCACGGCGGCUACGGCGGAAGCCCCGCCCCAUACCAGCAGCAGCCACAGCAUCAGGGCUACGGCGGCGGCCAGCAAUACCCUCCUCAGCAGCCACAGUACGCCCCACAGCACGGCCACCAGCAGCAGCAGCAGCAGUACGGCCACCAGUCCCAGGGCUCAUACGGCGCCCCACCGGCCGCGCACGGCGGUGCCCCCUACGGCCAGCAGCACGGAGGAGGCGCCCCGGGCCAGCCCGGGCAGCAGGAUGACCGCGGCCUGAUGGGGACAGUGCUCGGGGCCGGCGCUGCCGGGUACGCGGCCCACUCGGCCGGAGGUGGCGGGCUUGCCUCGGUCGGAGCUGCGAUCGCAGGUGCUAUUGGCGGGAACAUGCUUGAGAACAAGUUCGACAAGAAGAAGAAGGACAAGAAGGACAAAAAGCACAAGAAAGAGAAGAAGCACGGCCAUCACAAGCGGAGGGGGAGCGGUAGCUCCUCGUCGAGCAGUGAUUCUGACUAG